AGCACUUGGCCAGUUCUGGCAAAAUAGGAAAUUCAGAGGCGACCUAUUUACAGGCUAGAUAUAUAUAUAUGGGGGUCAUAACAUAUCGUUGAAUUAAAAGGAUGUGGCUAUGUGUGCACAGCUUCUCCGAUGGGAGCUUACUACCGAUAAUAUGCAUUGUCGCGUCUCUUGGAUUCAACGGCAAGUCAGCGUUUGUGGUGCGUUUAAUUUUUAGCUACAAAGAGUACGAGCUUGAUUCACCGUGGAUUUUGGCUUUUACCUUCCAGACUUAUUUUACUGUCCUUCAUACCGCUUUUUAAAUAUAUUUGAUAAGGA